AUGGCUGCUUGGACUCUUUCAGUGUUUUUCUUGGCGGUCACUGCGGUUUCGGCGUUCGCUGACCCGAGAUUGACUUUCCCGGAGAAUGUGCAAGGAAGAGAAAACCGGAUUGUGUCCGGCUGGGAGGCGGAGGAGGGCCAAAUUCCUUACCAGAUCUCGCUGAGGAUGGUCAACCCGGUCGGAGGCGUGAGCGCCUGCGGUGGUACUAUCAUCCACUCCGAGUGGGCUCUCACUGCUGCCCAUUGCACUGCUAGCCGCGUGACGAUUGUGAUUCGAGUGGGCACCGUCAACUUGACGAGGCCGGACAGCAUCUUCGAGACGACCACUUACUACAACCACCCGCUGUACAACGAGGCAUUCCAGCAGGUGGUGCAGCCCCACGACAUCGGCCUGAUCAAGUUCAACAGGAAGAUCGAGUUCUCCGACAAGGUGCAGCCGAUCAGAUUGCAGCCGUCCAGUGACAAGAACAGGAACUACGAUGAGAUCAGGCUCGAAGCCAGCGGCUGGGGACGCACGUGGACUGGAGGUGCAUCACCCGAAAACCUCAACUGGGUGUACCUGGUCGGCGUGACGAACGCCGUCUGCUUGAACGCAUUCAGCAACAGCCCUAUCAUCGUCGACUCGACCAUCUGCGCUAGAGCCUAUAACGUCUCCAGCCAGUCCACUUGCCAGGGAGACAGCGGUGGUCCUCUAAUUACCGAAGAUGUGGAUGGCCUCCCCACACAAGUCGGGAUUUCCUCAUUCGUCUCCUCAACUGGCUGUCACACUGACUUCCCCGCAGGAUUCAUUCGUCCCGGCCACUACCACGACUGGUACUUCGAACUGACCGGGAUUAACUUCGAUUGGGAGCGCGAGCCGACUACAACCGAACCGGAAACCGACGAGCCGGAACCGACCACCACAGAAGCAGAGCCGGAAGUGGCGCCGGAAGUCGAAGAAGAACCCGCGCCAGCUGAUAGCCCGAAAACCCUUUCUUCUUUGGAUUUUUUU